AUGUCCGUUGUACCGGAUGAGCUGCUUGCGCCGGAGUCCAGGUGCAAGGCCAUGGAGUGCAUGGACGCGGAAAUGCAAAGUCUGCGCCGAAGCAUAGCAGACUUGCAGUUGCAGCUCCUUGUGAAGGAGGUUGUGCAUGCGCAGGUGCUGACCGCAGCCCUCAGAUGCUGGUCCAACCCUGGCUCAGCUACAUGCUCGCGGCCUGGCGCUCAUGCAAGGAGUGACACCAUGCCGCUGGAGGUCCAAUCUGGCUCGCUGCCGGGCAGUGAAGGCAGAGAGCCCGCAGAAGAAGCUGUGGAUGCUCAGUCCUCGUGGAACUCUACAACCCUCGACCCGGAAGCUCUGCCGAUCCGGUGUGAAGCAGAGGUCCGCUGCGACGACGAGGCGGUGAUGAGCCUACUUCGAGAAUUGCAGGAGGACCUUGCUGCUUCAAGAUCGCGGCCGGAGCCCCGACCCAGCACAACGAGCCUUCGGCCGAGCCAGCUGCCGAUCGAGCCCAACCGACUGGAAGAAUUGGUAGCUGCCAACCUCAGCCAGUGGGUUUACCGAGCCGAUGAUGUUUCUGAACCUCUCCCAGAAAUUCCUGGAAUAUCUCUUGUUGCGGACUGCGUGCGCGAAGACCUGCACACCGGGAGCGUGAAAGUCGCUCUUGUUACAGCCGAACUGCCGGGGAGACACCGUACGCUCUUUGUGGUAUUCAAGGGCAGCUCAUACUUGCUGGAUUUCAUUAACUGGAACCUGGAGCAUGACUAUGAGGUCAUUGGUGACGGCACGCACUUCAUGCACAAAGGUGCUGCCGGAGUCAUGCGCAACUUAUUCUUCUUUAAGGUCCAAAGUGCAUCCUCUUUUGCCAAGCAAUUGGACGCUGCUUACGACAGCGGGGUUCGCCACUUGGUCCUGACGGGCCACUCAUUGGGUGGAAUGUAUGCUAUGUCUGGCAUGUAUUUCAUCUGGCGAGAGAUGCAGACCUGUGUCCCAGAGCGGAGUCGCCUCAGGGGCCCUGGCCGUGCGCUUCUGCGCGGCGCGCGCUGCGUGGCCUUCGGGGCUCCCAUGUGCUUUGGUCGCGAUGGUGAUGGUCCCGGAGAUGAGAAGUACUCCAAGUUUGAGGAGUUCCUGAAAACCAAGGCCGUGAACUUCGUCAAUGCAGGGGACCCUUGUCCACGUGCUUGGUCUGCUGUGGACCUCCGCGCCGUGAUCCGGGAAGCGGCCGAGGCCAUGAAAGAGCAGCUCAAGGAUAAGAACCUGGUGAGCCGGCAGAUCGCCUCUCGCGUGAUCCAGGCCCUCUCCAGCGCAUUGCUUUCCCGACCCGACAUGGAUCGGCACAUUGCCGGGUGCGCAGCGGGCUUCCUCCACCUUUCCAGCAUCCGAGUCUUGAGCCGGGAGGAUCGGCCUUCAUUUCACUGGCAGCGGGACUUCCGUCUUAGCCGGCAUGGUUUUGCAGAUCAUGCAAUGUCUGAGUACUGUGAUCUGCUGUUUGAUGCAUGCUAUGCGGAACAGCCAACUUGUCACAUGUACGACGACGAUGACGCCGGAACAAAGGUUCCGCUGACGCGGAUCCGACCCAGCUUCGUCGCCCGGCUUCGACGGUCAGACUCUGAGCCCCGGGCGCUAGAAGCUGCAGAGAAUGAGCUGGCAGAAUCCACAGCCACUGUCACCUCACUGGCGACAUCUGCCGUGCCCGACCAGCCGUCGCUGCAGGAGCUGGUCGAAGCAGUGGAACACGGCAGGAUGAGUGAGCUGGAGGGCAAGGGCAAGUCCGUCUCGGAGGCUUUGCAAAGCUACAAAGCCAAGGCAUCCGCUCAGGGCCACUUCUGCCUCGGCUCCGUCUGGAUCCGUUUGGAUGAGCCGAUCCCUAGGGAUACGGUUACCAAGGCGAUUCACAAGUACCACAACACGUGGCCAGUGACCUUGGAGGCCAAAGGGCGUCAGCAGAUGGCACUGCGUGAAGCACAGCUGCUGCUGCUCGCCCUGGAUGCCCACAGCGCGCACAAGGCUCAAGUUGGUGAGAGCUCAGAGAAAGCACGGUCCUGGCACUCACGUCGAUCCUCUGCGAGAUCGUACGCUUCUGAGUCCAACGAUGGGACCGCUAGCAGCUUUUGGAGGAAGCCAUCCAUGCUCGGCUUCAGACCCUGGCGAAGAAACAAUGUGUAG